AUGACCGACACCGAGGCCGGCAGCGCCGCCCCGAUCUCGUCCGUCGAGCGCGUCGACGAUGCGGCGGCAGGCCGUGAUCUUGCUUCGACCAACGAGCCCACCCUCGUCCCGGCGACGAGCGUCGGCCCGCCGCUCGGUGGCGACGCGACCGCCCCCGGUGCGCCGGCCGGUCCGAGGGGCGGCGCCCUGUUCGCGCGCCAGGCGGGCGACGAGACGAGCAGCGACGACAUCUCGAGCGACGACGACGACGACGAGGAGGGCGAGGAGGACGACGAGGAGGAAGAGGAGGAAGAGGACGAGGAGGCGGGUUUGAUCGCGCGCGGCGGCGUUGGGAUCCCGAUCGGCGAGGACGGUCUGCCUCAUCCGCUCCUCGACGAGCUCGCCGACGACCUCAAGGGCCGCAAGUGCCUCGUCCUCGACCUCGACGAGACGCUCGUCCACUCGAGCUUCAAGAUGGUCCACCAGGCCGACUACGUCGUCCCUGUCGAGAUCGAGAACCAGUUCCACAACGUCUACGUCAUCAAGCGGCCAGGUGUCGACGCCUUCCUCAAGGCGAUGGGCGAGAUCUACGAGGUCGUCGUCUUCACGGCGUCGCUGUCCAAGUACGCCGACCCGGUCCUCGACCAGCUCGACGUCCACCGCGUCGUCAAGCACCGCCUCUUCCGCGAGAGCUGCUACAAUAACAAGGGCAACUACGUCAAGGACCUGUCGCAGCUCGGCCGCCCGAUAUCGGAGAGCAUCAUCAUCGACAACUCGCCGGCGAGCUACGUGUUCCACCCCAACAACGCCGUGCCGAUCAGCAGCUGGUUCAACGACCCCCACGACACCGAGUUGACCGACCUCGUGCCGUUCCUCGCCGACCUGUCGACGGUCGACGACGUGCGGAGCGUGCUCGACGCCAACCUGUACCUGCAGCCGACCGCUUCGGACGCGCACACCGACGGCGUCUUCCAGCAGCUCUAGACGGCACUCGUCGCCGAGUCCCCUCGCAUUACGCCCUAUCGACGUCCGGUUCGCUAGACCUGCAGCAGCAUCGACCUCCCCUUUCGCCCUCGGCCCGCCGUCGUCCGCAUGAGAUACCCAGCCCUCGCUCUCGCGCCGCCGAUCCUCCUUACCCCCUCUCUCUCUCGCCCUCCCCUCCUCUUUCUUUCUUCGCCAUGGACACCUGCCUCGCCGUCGCGCCUGGGCCAUGUUCGUCGUCACUCGCCCGACGCGACCGCCUCUCUCCCCUUUCCUCCUUGAGAUACCCGUACAGCCUUCCUCUCUCUCUCCUCUCGCGCCUCCCAAAUGCCUCCCUUCUCGUGUCCCUACUCUCUCUCCCCUAGCUCUAGUACCCCUGCCUCGUUCUGUGGUUGUCCCCCCCUUCCUCGUUCCCUCUCUCUCUCUCUCUCGCUCUUCCUCUUCCGUGACUGCACCGCGAUACAAGGUCACUCGC